AUGCCUUCCUCCGUCAUCUUCACAGUCCCCCGCGUCCUCGUCGGCGCUUGUUUCCUCCGCCUCAUCUUGCUCGUCUACGGAGGCUGGCAGGAUGCCAACUCCGCCGUCAAGUAUACUGAUAUCGACUACAUGGUCUUCACCGAUGCAUCGCGCUACGUCGCAAACGGUGACUCUCCCUACGCGCGGGAUACUUAUCGAUACACCCCCUCCUCGCGUGGAUGCUUGUCCCAACUGCCUGGCAACUCCCACCUCCCUGGUCCGCGGUCUCGUUUGCAUUUGGUAAGAUCCUUUUCGCUUCAGCUGAUGUUCUUGCUGGGUGGUUUGUACUUCAGCUCUUGCGUCGUUACCCGCGGUAGUUCCGAGGGUCUACUGGGUGUAUUCGUUGCGGCUCUUUUGUGGGCGACUCUUACAAAAAGACCCAUCACGGCUGGCGCUAUUCUUGGUCUUGCGGUGCAUUUAAAGAUUUAUCCUUUCAUUUAUGGAGCUUCUAUUCUUUGGUGGUGGGAUGCACAGCGGGAUGGUAAGCCGGCUACGAAGUCGGAUGUUGAUCCUUUCACUCGGGCUAUGGAGUUCGUGACGCAUUCCAGAGUUCGAUUUACUCUUUCGGCGUUGGCGACAUUUGUCGCGCUCAAUGGUGUUAUGUAUCUCUGGUACGGAAUGCCGUUUCUUCAACACACUUUCUUCCAUCACCUCACUCGCAUUGAUCAUCGUCAUAAUUUUUCGCCUUACGCCACCCUGCUGUAUCUUACUUCGACUGGGGUGGCGGGCUUCCACUCUGAAUCUUUGGCUUUCCUGCCUCAGCUGAUUCUUUCUGUUGUUGCUUUGCCUUUGGCUCUGGCGAAGAAGAAUCUCGCUACUGCUAUGCUGGCUCAGACAUUUGCUUUUGUUACUUUUAACAAAGUCUGCACUAGUCAGUACUUCAUCUGGUACCUGAUCCUAUUACCAUUCUAUCUCCCCACCUCAUCACUCAUGCGUAAGCCGACGCUUGGUAUAUCGGCUGCAGUCCUUUGGGUCGUGGGGCAGGCUCUUUGGUUAUGGCAAGGCUUCAAUCUCGAAUUCCUUGGCCUUUCAUCGUUUGUUCCUGGCCUCUUCCUAGCAUCUUUGGUCUUCUUCGCUAUUAACAUCUGGAUCCUUGGCAUGAUCGUGCAAGAUGCUGGUUUCAAUGGCGAUCCGAUCGCCUUGGCUAAAAAGGUUCAUUGGGAAAAUUGA